AUGCCGUCAAUGAAGGUGGAAGGCGAUAGUGAUGGUGACGGAGACAUGUCGGGGGGUGACACAGAAAGAUCUGGGGGAUCAUCUAGGGGGCCAGAUAGGGACUCCAGCGCCGAGGAGGCUGAUGAGCCAGAUUCUGAUGAUUCCUCAGAGAUGGACGAGGGAGAAUGCGAGCGCCGACGGAAUGAAUGCUUGGACAAUUUAGCCAACCUAGAGCGUCAAUUUACGGCAUUAAGAGAACAGCUAUACAAUGAGCGUGUGAAGCAUGUAGAGCACCAACUCGCUGAAGUUAGGGGUGGAAGAUCACAGGAGUAUCUUGGUCCAUUGCGGAGACUACAGGACAAUAUGAGAAUAAGAAUCGAAGUGGCAGGAGUGCUAAAGCAGAUGAGAAUCGACAAUAUCAAACACAAGUAUGAGGCUGAGGAGCAAGCGGCACACCAGAAUUUCAAGAGCGAGAAAUGGCUAACGCACGAACUGAUGCGGGAAGAACUACUGGAGAAGAUCAGACGGCUAGAGGAAGAAAGACAGACGGCUGAUCUCUGCUCCACGGGUGCUGAAUGGGGCAAGCGCAAGCGCAGACGACAGGUAACAGUGUCUCCCCCCUACGUGGUAUACAUGCUCCCUGAUGCUGACAUCAUGGAAGACUGGAGGCUCGUCAGAAAACUGUUGGAGAAAGCAGAAUAAGUGAUAGAAAGCGAUUUUUGGACUAUUGAACGCACCUCAUAAAAGAAAUUGUUUUCAACAGAAAUUUUGUUUCAGACAUAAGUGUAUAUUUAAUUGUUUAGGUAAAGCUUAAGGUUAUUUUAACUAACAAUACAAAAUUUAGCUAAAACUAACUCUCCUUUAUUUUAUUUAAACUCUUGCUGAACUGUUUUCCUUUAACUAACAUUGUUGUUAACUAGUAUGUGGACGAGAAGUAAUUAUGUUUACGACAGUUUAAAACCCUUAUAAGUAUCGAUUUUGAAUUGUUUUGAUUACAGCUGAGAACAAUGCAAAUUCAAAAGAAACUUAAGGACCAUUAAAAAUUUGAAAAUAAUUAAUCAAUGUGGAAUUUUAUUCUGUACUGUACGGUGCACGUAGAACGUGAAUU